AUGUCGGGUAAUAGCGGUUUCGUCUUCUGGAGCUUAAAGGAUUGCCCAAUUCCUGAAAGUCUGAAUCCUGGUUCAGUUUGUGCGAAUAUUAAAAAAGCUCUUGAGAAAAAGGGUUUUGAUGGUGCCGUGUUAAUCAAGGCUUAUUGUGACAAUGAAACAUUCAGUGAUGAAUUGUUUGCUAAUUAUCGCGAUGCUGGAAUCGACCUCCUUCCUGUUCCUGCAGGUGGUAAAACUGCGAGAGAUUUUAAGCUGAUGUGGGACAUGCUUUUGUGUGGAGUGGACAAUUAUAAAGAUUUUUUAUUAAUCCUAGAUCCCUUAGAAGCUGAGUUUGUCAAUAUUCUUUUCUAUUUGAAAGUUAGAGGUUUCAAUGUUAUCUUAGCAUCUCCUGAUGACGAGGUCGCCUCAGAGUCCAUACUUAGGUCUGUAGGCUCGGUUUGGCUUUCGUCAAGCCUAUUGGAACAAGGAAACCCUGACGAACUAUCCACCAUCCGCAUUACUAACUUUGAUAACUUCAAUUCACCACAAGAUUUGGAGGCUUUGGGGACGGUGAGAUUGAAGAUUGAGCUUCAGUCACGUGGAAUGAAAUGUGGAGGGACUUUGCAAGGUCGAGCAGCAAGGCUCUUCUUACUUAAAUCAACACCACUUGAUAAGAUCCCAAAGAAAUUUUUGGUCAAGAGAAAGUAUGUAUACAAAUGUUCUUAG